AUGCCACUGCUAGUGGACGUUCCGUCCCUGAAGUUCUGGUCUAUAUUCGUCUCUUGUACAACACAACAUCAUAGUGCAGUUCAAAGAGCAUUGGAACAAAUCGAUGUUAUAAAGAAACUAAACAAUAAAUAUCCGAGCUUCCUUAAAUUUGUCACUUCUGCUGAUGGAAUACAGAGAACCUUCGAUGAAGGGAAGUUUUCCAGUUUGAUGGGACUGGAGGGCGGUCAUGCUAUAAAUAGCAGUCUUGCAACACUAAGGAUGUUCUAUGACUUGGGUAUACGAUAUAUGACUCUUACUCAUAACUGUAAUCCACCUUGGGCAGACAGUCAUAUAGUAGACAGAAACUCGUCUUUACCAAAGCACAAUGGAUUAACCAAAUUUGGAAAGAUCGUGGUGAAGGAAAUGAACAGGUUAGGGAUGUUAGUUGACUUGUCCCAUGUUUCUAAGAAAACCAUGAAGGAUGCCAUUACAGUGUCACGGGCUCCGGUUAUCUUCAGUCACAGCUCCGCUUAUAGUCUUUGUAAUGCAACCAGAAAUGUGCAGGAUGACGUCCUUUCGCUAGUGAAAGAAAAUGGUGGAAUAGUCAUGGUUAACUUUUAUCCCUAUUUUGUAAGCUGUAAAGAAGUUGCCAUUUUGUCCCAAGUUGUGGAUCAUAUACAACACAUAAAAAAGAACAUUGGUGUCGAUCAUAUUGGGAUUGGUAGUGACUUUGAUGGUAUAGAAAUAGUACCUAAAGGUUUAGAAGAUGUAUCAAAGUACCCGUAUCUGUUUGCGGAAUUGGUAAGAAGAAACUGGACUGAAGAAGAAUUGGGCAAGCUAGCUGGAUUAAACCUUCUAAGAGUUCUUAGAAGGACGGAGGAGGUGAGAGAUGCACUAAAGUUCGAACAGCCACAUGAAGAUCUCUUACAAGGAACUGACAAGUAGCGUUUUUGAUCUGAUUAUUCUCAGUAAUUAAGUUAUAUCUCAGUUAAGGUGGCUCGGGUGUGUUCCUCCAUCUUGGAUUUUGAAGAAGCAGAUAACAGUUGGUCUAUAUCUUUAAUGAAGUGUGCAAAUUUUGAGAGUAGUAUGUAAUUCAUGUGUAAGACUUUUGAUGUAAAUAUAGAAAAUUAUGUGUUUUAUCAUAUUUACGGCUGUAAUUUCUAAAAAAAAAACACCAUAUUUGUUUUUGAUUCAUUUUUUUUUUAACUUUGCUAAAUAAGGGGAGAUAACUCAAAUAGUAGGGGAGAUAACUUCGAUAUAGUAAUUUUAAAAUUGAAAGUGUUGUGAAUUUACCAAUUCAAUAUGUAACAAGAAAACAAGUUCGGUGACCCCAUUUUUUUCUUUUUCUUAUCUGAAAGCAUGUUAUAAGAGCUAUCUUCUCACAUUUUAUCUUAAAAUUCUAUCAGGGAGUUUUCUUUUGAUCAUACAAAAUUGGAUUUUCCAUGCAUAAUCUAUACAAAAUCUGACAAUUUUGCACAACCUGUAGCGGGAAAAAAAGUCCGGUGACCCAUACUUUUAUCAUAUUUUUGAAAAAGGCUUGUAAAAAACUUCAUUUUGACAAAUUAUCAAAAAAUUCUAUGGAUUUUAAUUAAGACGCCCCAGCCACCUUAAUAAACAUAUAUUGUGGUUACCCUUUUACCAAACCAUUUGGGUCAAAAUGCAUCAAUUUAAUGAUCUGCAUUUAAAAGAACCCAGUUAAUAUAAAUACCUGGUAGAUUUGUGUCAUAUGUGAACAAGUAAGGAGCGUGUAUAUAUGUAUUUUUAAGAAAUGAAACUUAGAUAUGUUUGUAAACUGAUAAAUAUUAAACGCAGAAAAGUGUCUAGAUUGUGAAAAAACAAAAGGGAUAUUAAUGUUAGUUAUAAUAAGAAACGAUUUAUACAG